CGUUACGGCAACUACUGAGGAUCAAUUUACAAACUCAUACUGACGUGUGUUGCCUUUCAUCCAAAGCGACUGAUGUGUUUUCCGUUAAAUUGAUCAUUAGAUCCGUAUUUGCACCGUAUCUUAAUGGGUGGAAAAAAGAAGAAAGCAGCGGGGGUCCCUCCGGUUCCACCGGCGGCAGCGGGCAACGUUGCUGCAACUGGAAACGGCGUGGCAGACCCCUCCGCCGGGAGAAAACUGCCACAGAAGCCGAAUCCUGCUAAAGCCACAGUGAAAGACAACAACAAACCCAAAGGUCCUAAGACCUACAGUCUCACCAACACAGCGCAUGUUGACACGGGGGGAGUUUCGGACAAGUCCAUUCUCAAAGUUGUCAUUCAGCCGGAUCUGGAGAAGAAGAUCAUCAAGCUGAUCAACGAGUUCAGGCAGGAGAAUGGAGACCAGGGUGCCGUGUCAGGACGGCUCACCAACAAGAAGCUCCUGGAUCUGUACACUGCGCUGCAGAAGUUCAGCUUCAAGACCGAUCACAUCGAGGAGGCCAUGAAGAGCAGCGUGCUGUAUGGAGGGGAUCUGCAUUCAGCACUUGACUGGCUAUGCCUGAACCUUAAAGAUGAGGAGCUCCCAGAGGGCUUCAGCCAGCGGAUGCAGGAGGAGAACCACAGGACCAAGGCCCGGUUCCAGCCUCCUCAGCAGACCCAGACCCCCGUGCCUCAGGCUCCCAAGGAGCCCCUGAAGGAGCUGGCCAAGGUGUCAGAGAAGGACGAGGGGGCCAGUAUGAAGGAGUGGAUCCUGAGGUAUGCUGAACAGGCCAGUGAAGACGAGGAGGAGGAGGAAGAGGAGGAGGAGGAAGGGAGAGGAAAGGCAGCAAGGAACCCCGAACUGGACCAGAAGUUUGACCCGAAUGACAGGUACCUGCUCCUGACGGCCCAGCUGUAUGAUGCGAGGGAGAUGGCUUCAGCUGCCAAGAGCAAGAGAGACAAGGCAGGCCAGAGGACUGCUCAGGACCGCAUUAGGGUCAUACAGCAAGAGAUGAAGCCCCUGGAGUCCCACCCCAUGUUCAACCCGGCCCUGAAGGUGGUGGACACGCCCCGCGAGGACAGGAAGCCCCCAGCCCCGGCCCCAGCCCAGGCCCCGGCCCCCGAGAGCAAGGACGGCCUCUUCAGCCUGUUUGAGCAGAAAGACAUGCCCCCUCCAGCAGAGAAAGCAGUGAAGAAGAACGAGCCCAAGGACAUCCGCAACCUUGACUACACGGCUCGCAGCUGGACGGGGAAGUCUCCUAAACAGUUCCUGAUCGACUGGGUGAGGAAGAACCUGCCCAAGAGCCCCGCUCCCUCUUUCCAGAAGGUUCCUGCUGGGAGAUACUGGCGCAGCAGGGUUCGUGUCCAGAGGCUGGAGGAUGUGUUGGAGGUGUGUCCCACCAUCCUGACAGAGGACAGCAUGCAGGCUCAACACCUGGCUGCCACUCUGGCUCUCUACAACCUGGUCAAGGGACAGUCGGUGCACCAGCUCCUCCCCCCUACGUACAGGGAGGUGUGGCUAGAGUGGAGCGACGGCGAGCAGCGCGAGGAGGAGCAGAGCCGCACGGCGGCCAACAAGCCCCGUGACCAGUUCAUCGCCCGCCUGCUGACUCGCCUCAAACAGCAGCAGAGCCUGCAGCAGGCCUCAGGGCCGGGGCAGGAGGCCGGGAGCCCGACGCAGGCCGAGGCCCAGGGCGAGCCGGAGGACUCCUGGGAGAGCCUGGCUACCGCGGAAGAGGAAGAGGAGGAGAAGGAGAGGAAGUCCCUCAGGGAAGGGGGCAGAGCCGAGGCCUCCAAGCUCCUCCUUCUGAAAUCGCGCGGCUCCGCCCUCUGGCGCCGCCUGCAGGCUGAGCGCGAGCAGCUUCCCGUGGUCCAGCACCGGGGCCGCUUGCUGGACGCCCUGCAGCGCCACCGUGUGGUGGUGGUGUCGGGGGAGACGGGCAGUGGGAAGAGCACCCAGAUUCCCCAGUUCAUCCUGGAGGAGCUGCUGACGGCGGGCGCUGCGGCGCAGCACUGCAACAUCGUGGUGACCCAGCCGCGCAGGAUCUCCGCCAUGAGCCUGGCCAGCAGGGUGGCACAGGAGCUGGGGAGCGACGACGGGCCCGGGGCCAAGUCGUCCCUGUGUGGGUACCAGAUUCGGAUGGAGAACCGAGCGGGGGACUGGACCCGCCUGCUGUACUGUACCACCGGGGUCCUGCUCCGCAAACUGCAGCACGACCCACUGCUCAGCUCUCUCACACACAUCAUCGUCGACGAGGUCCAUGAGCGCAGCGUCCAGUCUGACUUCCUGCUGACCAUCCUGAAGGACGUGGUGCAGCGGCGCUCUGACCUGCACCUGGUCCUCAUGAGCGCCACGGUCCAGUGUGACAAGUUCUCGGCCUACUUCAACCACUGCCCGGUGGUCACCAUCCCUGGGAGAACUUUCCCUGUGGAGGUGUUCCAUCUGGAGGACAUUGUGGAGGAGACUGGCUAUGUUCUAGAACAGGAUUCUGAGUACAGCCAGAAGAUCCUGGAGGAGGAGGAGGAGGUCAGUCUGGCCGUCACCCUGAGGGGGGGCAAGAGCCAGCAGCACCAGGAGUUCAUUGUGAAGGACUCGGGCUCGGGCUGGGACUUGGGUCCAGACUUGGACCACUUCAGCGGUCGGACCCGGCACGCGCUCCAGUACAUGAACCCCAACAAGAUCAACAUGGACCUGGUUUUGGACCUGCUGGAGUACCUGGAUAAGUCCCCCCAGUUUGCAGUGCUGGAUGGGGCCGUGCUGGUGUUCCUGCCGGGCCUGGCUCACAUCCAGCAGCUGUACGACCUGCUCAGCUCAGACAAGAGGUUCCGCUCCAAAGACAGGUACAAGCUGGUGGCGCUGCACUCAACUCUGUCAUCCAAGGACCAGGCUGCUGCUUUCACAGUGCCCCCCGCUGGCGUCAGAAAGAUUGUGCUGUCAACAAAUAUAGCUGAGACAGGCGUCACCAUCCCCGACGUGCUUUUUGUCAUUGACACAGGAAAGACCAAGGAAAACAAGUACCAUGAGAGCAGUCAGAUGAGUUCUCUCGUGGAGACGUUCGUUUCGAAGGCCAGCGCCCUCCAGAGGCAGGGCAGGGCGGGGCGCGUACGCAGCGGCUUCUGCUUCAGACUUUACCCCAAGUUCAGGUUCCAGGCGUUCAUGGAUUACUCUAUACCAGAGAUACUGAGGGUACCGCUGGAAGAACUGUGUCUACACAUCAUGAAAUGUGCGUACGGGUCCCCCGAGGUGUUCCUGUCACGGGCGCUGGACCCCCCCCAGCCCCAGUCUGUCAGCAACGCCCUGAGUCUGCUGCGCAAGAUCGGGGCAUGCCACCCUGACACACACACCCUCACCCCCCUGGGGCACCACCUCGCCACGCUGCCUGUCAACGUCAAGAUCGGAAAGAUGCUCAUCUUCGGCGCCAUCCUGGGCUGUCUGGAUCCCAUAGCGACUAUUGCAGCAGCUAUCUCAGAGAAGUCUCCAUUUUCCACACCUAUGAACAGGAAAGAGGAAGCCAACCUGGCUAAAGCUGCCCUCUCAUUGGCCAACUCGGAUCACCUGACAAUCUACAUCGCCUACUUGGGGUGGAAGAGCUCCCGUGCCGAGGGGUCCAGAGCAGAGACGACCUACUGCAGGAAACACUUCCUGAAUCGCACCGCGCUCCUCACCAUCGAGGAUGUGAAGCAGGAGCUGAUGAGGAUGAUGGAGCAGGCUGGGUUCAGCAGCUCCCGCUCCAGGCCCUCCCCCGCCCAGGGCCCUCCAGGGCAGCAGCAGAUAAGCCUGCUGAAGGCGGUGGUGACGGCCGGCCUGUACGACAGCGUGGGCCGGGUGCUGGUCACGCCCGCCGUGGACGUGCUGGAGAGGGUGGUGUGCACCGCCGAGACCCCCCAGGGCCGGGCACAGGUCCACCCCUCCUCCGUCAACAGACACCUGCACACGCACGGCUGGCUGCUCUACCAGGAGAAGGUGAAGUAUUCCAGGAUCUACCUCAGAGACACCACCCUGAUCUCUCCCUUCCCCAUGCUGCUGUUUGGCGGUGACAUCGACGUGCAGCACCGAGAGCGCCUCAUCUCAUUGGACGGCUGGAUUCACUUCCAGGCUCCAGUGAGGAUAGGGGUGAUCUUCAAACACCUGAGGAAGCUGAUGGACUCCCUGCUGGAGAGGAAGCUAGAGAACCCAAAGAUGAACUUGGAAGAUGAGAAAACCAUCCAGUUGAUCAUAGAUUUGAUCAAAAAGGAGAAUGUCAAUUGACCACUUGGAGGGACUGUUGCUAUGGAGACUCGGACCCAUGCCUGAACACGUCGGCGUAGUUUGAGGCCUCGGGGCUGGCUAGUUGCACGCUAGCUGACUGGAGGUGGACAGACAGAUAAUGAAAUGGACCUUAAGAACUGACAACAGAACAGAUGUGUUUGGGAUAUUCCGUUCACCGAGGCUGCCAGAUACAUAGAUCCAGACAGGUCACAGAGAACAAGGCUGACUGGCUUGUUCUUAUGCUGAAUAUUGUUGGAGCCUUGGAGGAAAAUAAAACGGUUUUGAUUACAAA